AUGAAAAAAGUGGGAGUGUUUUUACUAGUGACAUUGGUUGCAUUUCCAAUUGUAUAUUACAAUUUAAAAUCGGAUCCAUAUAUUACCGAUGAUAAACCGCCUGAAAAACCGUAUUACCCUCGAUUAACCUUUGCGAUAUCAAUAUUGAAACAAUUACAAAAUGAUAAGCCCAAUGAAAGUGUUUUCUACUCGCCACAUAGCCUUUAUGAGGCACUUUUAUUGACUUUUUUCACUGUUUCCGAUGAAACAGAGAAACAGUUAAAAAAGAAUGUUCGAUUUCAAAAUGAAACAAUCGAAUUCAGUUCGGUUAAUAAGCUAUACGUCACAACGGAACUUAAAAUUCGUGAUUCGGUGGGGAAUCUAUUGGGAAGGAACAAUAUUGAAUCACUCAAUUUCUUUGAAGAACCCGCUCAAUACACCGCACACAUCAACAAUUUCGUUGAAGAGUUUACAAAGAAACAAAUCAGAAAUCUUAUUCCACCAAGUCUUAUAAGUCAAGGAACAACAUUCGCCAUUGUCAAUGCGGCAUAUUUUAAAGGGAAAUGGAUAACUCCGUUCGAUGAAAAACUAACUCAACAAGAAGCAUUCUAUAAGGAAGACGGAGAUAAGAUCUUUGUUGAUAUGAUGAGACAAUCGAAACAUGAGAAUAUCGAGUUCGAAUGUG